AUGAAUAUAAUAUUAUUUUAUAUAUAUGGAAUAGUUGAGCUGAAUGUGCUAAUAAGAGCCAUUACUAACCAAAGACAGGAAAAUGAAAAUUAUUUAUUCAAUGCAUUUCAAGCAUUUCUUAUAGGCGUAUCACUCAUAAUUAUAACCACAUACGGUAUUUCAGUAGGAUGGGUAUACUUUGCAACUAUAAAACCUGCAUUGUUAUCCUUCGUAUAG